AACAAAAGAGAGAAACAUUGAUCAUUCAAGGUCGAUUUCGAUUGACAUAAAAGAUCGGUGAGCUCCGCUCCGUGGACUCUGUACCUUGUAUUCGUGCUGGUAUCUCGUUCACUAGCGAGCUGCAAAUUACGCGCCACAUAAUUUCUAAAAAGACAGACUGAUCUUUACAGACGUCUAUUCAAACACCAUCUCUUGUCAUUAAGCAUCGCGAACGAUUAUGGAUCAACGUAGCCUCCCUACUAUCCUACGAAUCUUUCUUCUGGUAUGGGUGUGUCAAGAGGUGCAACCAGCCAACAUCCUAAUGGUAGGGUUCGUCGGGAAAGGGAGCCAUUUUCUUUGCCUUCUCCCGAUCGGGAGAAGCUUGGUAAGUCAGGGACACAAUGUUUCUUUACUCACCAGCGACGAAUACAUGGAGAGAGCAAAUGAUCCCGAGCUCAGAAAACUCUUUAAUUUUGAGAUCUACAAAAACACCGAUCCUCGAUAUAACACAAAGAAAUAUUUUCACCUCCUCGAGGAGUUGGGCUUUAGUGAAAACGGAGACCUGAUAUCCUUUUUCAAAACGAUGACAUCAUUUAACGAGAUUAUCAGCAAAACUUGCCAGUUUGUCCUGGAAGAUAAGGAGAUGAUGAAACGUUUUGAGAAGCUGGAUGCGAUUGUAACCGAUAUGGGUUGGCCAUGCGGCGGUUUGAUCAAGCUCCACCUGAAGAAAUACUCCAAUAACAGCCGGGUUCGUCUUAUUUGGACAACACCCACCACGCCCAACGUGGCCAUGUUGGACAUCUCUGGCUCACCCGCAAACCCAGCCUAUCAACCAGCUAUUAUGUCUAGCUACACUUCUAACAUGACGUUUAUCGAAAGAACAAUCAACACCCUAUCUACCUAUGGUUUGCGAUUGUUCAUGAAGAUGGCGUCGUAUUCUUUUUCUACAUUCGCUGAAGGCGUUGGCUUGGGAGAUGAAUUAGCGACUAUAGAUAAUAUGCUAACGGAUAUUACAGACUUAGUCCUGGCAAGUUUUGACUUUGCGGUUGAGUUUCCAUUUCCAAAAUCGCCGGGCUUGAUACCAGUAGGAGGUCUUACGGCAGGACCCCCGAACGACCUCCCUCAAGAACUGGAAGAUUUCAUUCAAAGUUCCGGAGAUGAUGGCAUUGUAGUAUUCACACUCGGAACCUACUUUGCAAAUUUUGCGACUUCCAGACCACAUCUUCUGAAGAUGUUCAUCGAUGCUUUGGCCAAGAUCCCUCAGAAGGUCAUCAUGCAACUCAAGGUCAUGCCCGAGUACGACCUCCCGCCAAACAUUAAAGCGUUACCAUGGCUACCGCAGAAUGAUCUUCUUGGUCAUCCCAAAACUCGGCUCUUCAUGUAUCACGGAGGAAACAACGGGUUCUACGAAGCCGUCUAUCACGGCGUACCUAUCAUCGUUCUACCGUUCUUCGGAGAUCAACUCGACACAGCCGCCAGAAUAACUUCGCGUGGCAUGGGAUUACAGCUUGAUAAGCUAACUCUGAGCGUCGACCUUAUUCAUCAUCACUUGACAGAAGUGUUAGGAGACGAGAGAUAUAGCUUGGCGGCCAAACGUCUGUCAGCCAUCUUGAGAGAUCGACCAAUGAACCCGGCUGAUCGAGCUGCAUUCUGGAUUCAACACGUGAUCAAACAUGGCGGCGAAUACAUGCGAUCUCCUGCUCAUGAUUUAUCGUUCAUCCAGUAUAAUUUGAUUGAUGUUUAUGCAUUUAUUGCGAGUGUGCUUGCGCUCUUCUUAUUCCUAGUUUAUAAGAUUAUGCGAUGUUGUGUUUCUUGCUGCAUGCGAAAGAAAGUAGGUACCAAGGACAAAAGCGACUGAAAAACGAAUUUUCGAAUGAUUUAUUAAACAACCUUGAAAUUGUUAUAUCAUGCAAAUCUGACAAGUUGCUGAUGUUAUAUGGUACUCCCUUUUGCUAGGUUUUUUUUACCGUUAUUUAAAAAAAAUCAUGAUCAAAACAAAAUAUAACAUUAUACCACGAGCAACGUUCUGCAUUUUCCCCCCUAAAAUUUAUAUUACUGUUCUAUUCUCUUUACAUGCGCCCUCUUUGUCAGUUAUGUUUGCUGGUUCAUCACCCUGUUUGAGCGUCAAUGCAUGUUUAAUAGUGCAGAUAGUCGCAAAUAAUUUAUGAUCCAUUCACACCACAAAGACCGACACCAGAACGAAAAGAAUAAAAUGUUGCAUAGUCAAAAUGGCCAAGACUCAUAAAGUCUGAGGUAUGAAGUCGGUAUAAUGUCAGUAUGAAGCCGAUGUGGAGUUGGUUUGGCGGAUUGUCUAAGGUAUUCCUGGAACAAUCAUGCCUGGGUCAUCCCCAAGUCACCCUGCAUACUACAAAAGGUAUCAAAGCUCGAAGAGGGGGUGGGGAAAUUUCGUAUUUUUAAGUAUUUUUGUUUUGUAAUAUUUUUUAUUGUAUUCACUCAAUAAAU